AUGGCGGCUCUGGUCGCCGCGUCGCCCGCCGGCAGAGAAAACGCGUUUUCCCAACAAAGGACCCCGAGAUGGUGGAAGAUGGCAAAGGCUGACCCUGCAACACUAUCCUUUUACGACAUGGCGGAGGUUGGGUGUAUUUCUCCAACACCUUGCAUUGCCGAUUGGCGCCAUCGCAUGCACACCGCCAUGCUUCAGAACUACAAGCCAGGACAACGGUAUUCCACUCCAAACUACAAUGUCUACCUAAGAGCAGCUGCGCUGGUCGCAGCCUUAUUGCAGGAAUUAGCAGACCGUCCUCAGCCUUAUGGAAGCUGCUCCUCCCUGUCCAGCGACGACUCGCUGCCAUUGCAAGACUGGCAAGUACCAGCGGCAUACGCACAAGUAUUCACCUCACCGGAUCACCCUCGAUCCUUGUCUCCUGAUAAAAAGCCGACGGCCCGGAUUGCGACAAUGGAUGCUCGCAUAGAUUUUGGUGGCUUGUACGGGGUACAGUCUAGAGCUAAGAAGAAGAAAGCCGGGAAAGCUGCUCCGGCAAAAUGGCUCGAGUCAGACAACGAAGGAAACGGGAAUGCUGCUGGCAAUGGUGAAGAUGCUGGGGCUGGAGGCGGUGAUCAAGGCGGAAGCGCCGGUGGCGAUGGCGGCGGCGAUGACAACAACAAUGGGGGAGGCGGUGACGAGGAAGAGUGGGACUUUGGUGGCAGCAAGAAGAACAAGAAGAAGAACAAGAAGAAGCAAGAGGAGGAAGAGAGGAAAAGGCAGGAAGAGGAGGAGGAGCAGAAGAAGAAAGAGGAAGAAGAGGCUGCAAACCCAUUAAGCUGGGCUGACGAGGCGAAUAACGCUGCAGUGGAGGAUGACUGGACUACAGGUUUCACCACCAAAAAGGAUAAAAAGAAGAAGAACAAAAAGGGGAUCGACGAGCCUCUUCCUUCUGCUCCAGAUCCUCCAGGCGCGGCUUUCCAAGACAUCAGUCUAGAUGAUAGUGCCCCGAAGCUAGAAUUUAGUUUCGGUGGUACUGACAGCAAGAAGGACGCGGGAAGCUUUGGUGCCUGGGGUAAAACAUGGGACUUUGGAUCACUCGAUACUGGAACGGGAAAAGUCGACGACAAGGCUUCUAAGAGGGAUAACGACAAGAAGGAGGAAUCGAGUGGGCUUGGAGAGACUAACCCCUGGUCCUUGAGUAACAAGUCGAAAAAGAAGACGACUACCUCGUACGGUUUCGAUUUUGGUGACCUGGAUUCUGGCGACAAAGGUUUCGCUCUUGAUGGAGACAUGGCCGACAGUAAGCCCACUGAUGAUGCUUGGGGAUUUUCCACCGUCAACAAGAAGGACAAGAAGAAGAAAGAUAAUGGAUUCAGUGAGACUACUGUGGUGGACCCAGGCUCAAAAGAUGACGACCUUCUGGGUGCUUGGGGGACCUCGACCUCGAAGAAAGAUAAGAAAAAGAAAGGAUUUUACGAUGAAGAUCCUGCACCGCCGCCUCCGCCACCAGCAGACCCAGAGCCUGUGGCUGCGGAGGACGAAUGGUCAGGUUUCACGACGAAGAAAGACAAGAAGAUAGGGAAAAAGGGCGUCAUCGAAGAACCUCCUGCCGACAUAAAGGAAACUGUUGCUGACAACGGAGCCAUGGACAAUGCCUUCGAAUGGGGAUUUGGAACAGGCAAAAAGGACAAGAAGGCAAAAAAGGGUGCUUUCGGCGAUUUCAAUGACACUGAUGAUCUUCUAGCCAUACCUGCUCCUGCCCAAGAGCCAAUCCAAGCAGUCGAUGACGGUGACGACUGGAUGUCUGGGGCUUGGGGAAAGAAGAAGGACAAGAAAGGCAAAAAGGCGGGUAUCGAAGAUUUGUCUGCUUCUGUCGACUUCGGGAGCACCGCUGAUGCUAAGACGACAACAAGUGAUACUCUAGCAGCUGAUGAGCCUAUAACGGGAAAGGGCAAAAAAGAUAAGAAGGGCAAGAAAGGCUUCGUCAUUGAAGAAGAGCCGCCACCGCCGCCAGUCGAGCCACCAGCCGAACCAGACGACAUUUGGUCCUCAAUCGGCAAAAAGGAUAAAAAGGGGAAGAAGGGUAAAGUAACCAGUCCUGAACCCUCAAUUCCAGAUCCUAUUGUCGAAAUCGAACCACUAGAGGAGACGGUCAAAGAAGAAUAUGCUGACACUACUGGGUGGGCAAAUCUUUCCGCAAAGGAGCGGAAAAAGAAAGAAAAGGAGGCUAGGAGAAAAGGACUGCUUAUUCCUGGCGACGAACCUCCAGCUCCAGCGCCGGCUCCGGACCCAUUACCAGAGCCGGAACCUGAGAUGGAAGCCACCAAAGGAGAUGACUCUUGGGGUUUUGGUGGUUGGGGCACAUCCACUAAGGACAAGAAGAACAAGAAGAAAGGCUUCUUUGACUAUGAGGAGGAAGCUCCGCCGCCGCCUCCAGAGCCAGAGCCGAUUCCGAAGGAGGAGCCGGAAACGGCUUGGAGCUUUUCCAGCAAGGACAAGAAGAAGGGGAAGAAAAAGGGACUUCUAGACGUGGUUGAAGAGCCACUACCUCCCCCUCCAGCUCCUGAGAUACAAGACAAGGAAGAUGAUACCUGGGGAGCGUUCACAACUUCGGCGAAGGACAAGAAAAAGAAGGAGAAAGACGCCAAGAAGAGCGGAUUUCUCGAUGUGCUCGAUGAGCCAGCCAUGCCCGAGUCCCACGUUGAACCUGAGUCCAAGGAUAACGAUGGCUGGUCUCCAUGGGGUACUACUUCUUCCAGUGAUAAAAAGAAAAAGGCCAAAGACACCAAGAAAAAAGGCUUCUUGGAUAUUGACGAGGAACCCCCUCCACCCCCACCGGAGCCGGAACCUGCGCCAGUUGCAGAUGUUGUAGAAGAAGAUAGUUUCUUCGGACUGUCGGCUAAAGAAAGGAAGAAAAAAGAGAAAGAAGCAAAAAAGAAGGGAGCCGCAGUCGCAAUCCCUGAACCCGAGCCUGAGCCUGAACCUGUCAUCGAACCAGAGCCGGUGGAAGAAAAGACCGACAGUGCCUGGAACUCUUGGGGGACGGCAAAGGAUAAGAAGAAAGCCGGCAAGAAGAAAGGAAUCACUAGCGAACUUCCCGAACAAGAACCUGUGCUCGAGCCUAUUGUAGAGCCAGAACCGGUGGAGGAAAAGAACGACGAUGGCUGGGGUUCCUGGGCCGUCUCAUCGAAAGACAAGAAGAAGGCGGCGAAGAAGAAAGGAGCAGCCACCGAAGAUCCACCCGCCGAGCCCGAGCUCAUCAUCGAACCAGAACCAGCGGAAGAAAAGGUGGACGACACCUGGGGUUCCUGGGCCACCUCAGCAAAGGACAAGAAGAAGGGAGCCAAGGACUCGAAGAAGAAAGGUAUCGCGGAGGUCGAAGUGCCUCAACAGUCUGAUAAACCCGCACCUCCUGCUGAAGAUGUUAUCUGGGGCUCCUGGGGAUCAAAGGAGAAGAAGGGCAGUAAGAAAUCAAAGGGCAAGGACGACCUUCCUCCCCCAGCUCCAAGUCCUCCAGCUCAGGGUCUAACUCCGGAGCCUGAUCCGGCGGAAAUGAUGGAUGAUGACCUGGGCGGAGACACAUGGGCAGGUCUGACCAAAGUGAAAAGCAAGGCAUCGUCGAAAAAGAGCACGACUUCAAAGCUGUCAACAGGAAAGGACAAGACGAAGAAAAGCAAGGAAGCAGAUGAGUCUUUUGACUUUGCCCCGGCCGACGAACCGUUGCCAGACGUGACUCCAGUCAGCGCUACAAAGAGCAUGUGGGGUUUUGGUGCCUCGACUACAACCACCAAAUUAACGAAAAGGGAGGAGCUAAAGGCGAAGAAGGAAGCAGAAGAGAAGGCCAGACUGGAGGCGGAGGAACAGGCUAGAAAGGAAGAAGAGGAGAGGCUCGCUCGCGAGGCUGAAGAAGCUGCGAAGAGCUCGAAAAAGAAGACCACCAAAUCGUCCAAGACGGAUGCGAGAGCCAGCAAAGCAAAGGAUGCCGACGAGCUCAUUGACAUGUUCGGCGAGCCCACACAGGCCUCCAAAUCCGAGAAGGGGUCGAAGCUGAAAAAGACGUCGUCCAACAAAGAGGAAAAGGCUGAAGACAAGAAAGAGGACGACUAUUUUGGCUUCUGGGGUAGCGCGUCAACAUCCAAGAAGACAGCUGGCAAGAAGGACUUGGACUCACAAAAGGAAAUUACCCAGCAGGGGUGGCCCGAUCAGGAUGACGCGCUAGCCGACUUCUCGAGAGAUCUGGACUCGGGAUUUGACUUUGAAAAGCCUUCUUCUACUUCCAAGGCCGCAAAGGCAAUGCUCACCUCGACAAAGACCAAAACUAGCUCCUCUGUCGCCGAUCGCAUCAAGGCUCUGGAGGGCAAAAAGGAAGAGAGCAAGAAAAAGUCAAAGGCCGAAGCUGCGCUGACUAAGGAAUUGCCUCCACUAGACGACGCGCCAUCGCCGAAAGAGGAAAAGACGUAUAUUGACAAGGCCCCAGCCUCCAAGACGAAGACAGCUUCUGCCAGCAAGACGACCAAGGCCUCCAAGAAAGACGCGUCGCCGGUCACAGAAGAGAAGAGAUCAAAAGACUCCAUCCCUGGCAGCUUCCCUGGCGCGUUUGGUGACGACGACGACUUUCUCGACGACGUCCUCGACCUAUCGCCCACAUCACCUGAAAAGCCCAAGGCGAAGGCCACCACUGUUGGGAAAAAGAGUGCCAAAUCCAAGACAACCACACCCAAGGACUCAGCGACAAACGACAUAGGCCUAUUUGAGGGAGAAACAGCGCCCAAGGCCCCCUCCCCGCCCAUCGAAGACAAGAAAUCGUCCAAAAAAGAACGGCCCAGAGUUGAACGAUCCGCAACCACUUCUUGGGGAUUCUGGGGUGCAGCACCUCCGCCGAAGAAAGCUACCAAAGACAAAUCAAAGGACGAGGACGACAUGCCGCCGCCACCACCAAAGAAGGAGAAAUCACCAACCGGCCUGACCAGAACCAAGUCCACUCGGACUCCGAAAGAAAAGGAACUGGAGGACAGGAAAGAAGCUGAAAAGCUCUCCAAGUCAUCUGGAUCUGACAAGGAGGCCAAGUCCAAGAAGGCCGAGAGACCAAAGGCCGCGCGUGGUACCUCGUUUUCGAAUUUCAUGUUUGGAGGACCACCGCCGUCGGCUAUGCCGCGUUCCAAGACCACCAGUCGAAGACCAAGCAGUGCGGGCAGUUCAAGGCCGUCGUCUCGCCGUCAAUCCAUCGAUGGGUUCGCGUCUCCUCCACCUGAGGAUGAACCCCAGGUCACCGACAAAGCCGCCAAGCUCAUGGGAAUGAAGUCUAGCAAGGUCGAACGCCGUCCAUCGGUGAAGAGGAAAUCUUCAGGUAAGUCAACGAUUAUGACCGCGGGAAGCCAGAUGAUAGCUAAUCCGCCGUCAUUAGCUGUUCCAGACCCAUAUCCCAUUGACGAUGAUGACAUGGUCAUGAUCCAUACCAACGACGAUCCUCCGGUUGUGAAUAGCGUCGCUGUCCCCCAAAAUUCAAAGUCUAGGUCCUCCAGAUCAAAGAAAGAGGUAGGUGCACGACCCUCCUCGUUAAAUCUAGGCCACGUGUUCCGCCCGUCCUGGUCGCCGGAUUUCAAUAAAGAACUUCAUGCUGACGGACGGGUUUCCUUUACGCAGAUCAAGUCACACAGCAAAAAUAUCUCCCAGGACGAUGAUGUUGUCAUGGUCGAGAGCCCUACACAUGCAGACCCCUUGGUGACAAGCGGACCCGACGACAUGGCGUUUGUGGAUCAUCCGCCUGCAUUGAAGAGAAGCAACACUGCCCCGAGGAAAUCGACAGGGUUUUUUGGCAGCUUCUUUGGCAGUUCUCGUUCUUUUGACGGGGACAGACAGCGACAUCGGAGCUACACUCUGACCGAUGGGGAAGACCUACCUAUCAGGACUAAAGAUAAAACAAAGAGGCGUUCCCGAGUUGUGGACGGGGACGAAUUCACCACAGAUGCGCCCGCUGAAACAGAUGCCGACAUGGAAGCUCGACGGGCUGAAAGAAGGGCCAAACGUGAAGCGCGUGACCAGGCAGAAGAAGCCGAUCGCGUCGAGCGUGAGCUCAAACGGAAGGAAAGAAGAGAGCGUGAAAAGGCGGAUCUCGAAGCUCGUCAACGCAAAGCUCGGGAGCGUGAAAGACGAGAACAAGAGGAGGAAGAGAAGCGUCGCGAAGAAAAGCGGGCUCGACGUGCCGCCCGAGAAGCACGCGCGGCACAAGAAGAGGCAGAGGCGAACGCAGAAGCCGACCGCCGGCGGGAAGAGCGCCGGCGACUUCGUGCGCAGCUCGAGGCUGAGCAAGGAGUCAAUCGCGAUAUUUCGAAAGACGAUCGUCGCAGAUCAUAUUAUGCAGAAGAGGAGGAAAGACGAAAGCGGAAAGAACCGAAAGAUGAUCGGAAACACAAAGACAAAGAGAGGUCGAGCCGCAAGAGAUCCAGCGUCCUGGUUGAAGAAUAUCACGAAUCUCGAAGUGGCAGCGGUAAAGGAAUCGCACCCCCAGCCAACAAGACCAGCUCAUGGGUCAACUCUCAAGCUGACGAGCCACCCGACCUCCCACCUGUAGAGGGCACAAUCCUCGAUCCGAGUGGCGAAAAGCCACGAGCAGCGGACGAGGGGCCCGGAGCUAAACGCAAUGGUCGCCAUCGCGACAAAUAUGCAGGGAUGACGGACGCAGAAAUCGAAGAAUACCGUGCUCGCAAGAAGAACUCGCGUCGCGCCGAGGGCAAAUCAGCCAGUGGAGGCAGCGACGAGCGAGACAAGGAGCGAGAACGAAGAGAACGACGUCGGCGCAGAGACCGCGAACAGUCUGAUGGUCGCGGCUAUGGCUAUGAGGAGGCGCCCGUCAAAACUUGGGACGGACGUCCAGCACUCGGCGGCAAGAAUGACAGCAAGAGGAGGAGCUUCCUCGGAGGUCUUUUCUAA